UGAAAAAUCACUUUCGAAAAACGGACUCUAAGAAUUCACAGGUUUCUCCAUGGGUGCGCAAAUCCAUGAUAAGUUCAUUCUUCUCUGGUUACUGACCUUUCUUUCCUUGGGCCGGUCCGACAUAUUUGACUGGAGAGAUCACAUGGAAGAUGCGUUUGCUGAUGAAGGCCACACAGAUGGAACAUGCAAACGAAAUUUCAACGACAAAAUCAUUUUUUGUCGUUACCACGCAGAAGAUAAUAAAUCUUUAUCCACUUGGCAGCCUUGUUUAUGCACCCACAUUCUCAUCACAGCUGAGCUGCAUGAACGAAAAAUUAACGUACCUCAUUUAAUAACAUCUACGGACCGAGAUCAGAAAAUUAUUGCUUCCAUUUCUGUUGACGGAAAUGACAAAUUAAAUGCAUCAAGUGACUUUCAACAACUUCUUUCAGUCUUAUUAGAUUCACCAAUAAAUGGAAUAGAUAUCCGCUUAGAAAACUCAGCACUUGAGGAUGGUGCUUUUAAAAGCAAGAUAUUUAAAUAUAUUCAGGACAUUGUUUCUCUUUUAAGAACCGAAGCUAAAUUUCAAAUUCUCACUAUAACCAUGACAAGAAAUAUGUUAACAUUUUUGCAUGAUCUCCAGUUCCUGAAAAUUGCAAGCCAUUUCGAUUUUCUAAGCUUUGUACCUCCAUUGUCACAUCCCGUUUCAGGAGGAUUUGAGGAGGAAUAUUUUACUGAUAUCGUCUAA